GCUUCGUAAUUAACGGAAUAGUUUCAUUGGGAUCUACUCUUCGCGGAUCAUGAUGGAGCGAUUACUUGUGGCUACUUUGGUUGCAUGCCUGUUCUUUCAAGCAACAGCCUACACAGAACCAACCUUCACGGCUGACAAAUCUUUUCUUCAAAAGCAAAAAAAUGUGUACGAACUAUUCUGGCAUGUGAACCAACCCACUGUGUAUCACCCAGAACUUUACCAAGUUUCCAAGACAUGGAGUAUCAUGGACCAUAUCGACGAAUAUACAAACAAAGAAGUCGUUUACGAAUUCUUAAAACUCUGGAAGAAUGGUAUGUUACCACGUGGAGAGUUGUUCAACCCUUGGUAUCCAGAUCUCCAUGAUGAGAUGGUAGCCCUUUUCGACUUGUUUUAUUUUGCAAAAAACUUCGAAACUUUCUACAACACAGCAGUCUGGGCGAGAUUUAACAUGAAUGAGGAAAUGUACAAGUACGUUUUAGCAGUUGCGAUUAUUCAUCGUCCUGACACUAAGCAUAUACGUCUGCCAAACCUCUACGAAAUAUGGCCACAUCACUUCUUUAACGAAGACGUUAUUUUCCGCGCACAUCGCAUCAAAAUGGGAGAUUAUGGAGCAGCUAAAAAAGCAAUUACAGGUACACAACCCUACCUUUUGACUGCCAACUACACCGGAUGGUACCUAACUCACGAUCAUGAUUCGGAGUGGAAAUUAAACCACUUCACGGAAGACAUUGGCUUGAACUCUCUUUACUUCUACUUCCAUCUAAUGUUCCCAAUGUGGAUGAGCAGUGAAAAAUACCAUUUAGUUAAAGAUUAUCGUGGAGAACUGUAUUACUAUGUCCAUAAGCAAAUUAUGGCCCGUUAUAACAUGGAACGUUUGUCUCACGAUUUGAUUGAGCUGGAAUACAUAGAUUGGAAUAAACCUAUUGCUACUGGAUAUUACCCAAGCAUGAUCCACACCACAGGAUUACCAUACCCUCAACGUCUAGCUUGGUCAGAUGUACCAAUGCACAAAUACAAAUAUCUUGAGAGAAUCAACCACAUAGAACCCCGAGUGAGUAUGGCAAUUGACAGUGGAUUAGUGAUGAAGAAAGAUAAACACUUCGAACUCUACGAGGACGAGAAUCACGACAUGAACACUUUGGGAAACAUGAUUCAAGGAAACAUGGACUCUCCAUUCCGCAGAUUCUACGAUUCCAUGGACAGACUUUCCAAAAAUAUACUUGGAUAUGGGUACGAGAGAUCAACGAAAUAUCAAACUACACUCAGCACUCUUGACUUAAGCCUUACAAGCAUGAGAGACCCUGGAUUUUACCGAAUCUACAAGAAGAUACUCAGCUUUUUCCACAAGUAUAAGUCCAACAUUCCAAUGUACACGCACGACCAACUAGGCUUCCCUGGGGUUAAAAUUGAAUCUGUUAUCGUGGAUAAAAUGGUCACCUACCUCGACUACUUCGACUCAAUGAUCAGCAACGCUGUAUCUGUGCACAGCCACAAGGAGGCACAAUCCCUCUUCAUCAAAGCUCGUCAGCAAAGACUGAACCAUAAGCCUUACACAUACCAUAUAACCGUUCACAGCGAAAAGGCCGUAAAGGGUUGGGUGCGUGUUUUCCUUGGGCCAAAAUAUGAUAUUUAUGGACAUGAGAUUGACAUGAUGGACAACUGGAUGAAUUUCUUCCAAAUGGACUAUUGGACUGUGGACCUUAAACCUGGAAUAAACAAAAUCGAACGCAGCAGCCACGAAUCCAUAAUCGCUGCUCGUGAUGAAAUGCCAAGCACCGAAUUCUACAAUAUGAUCUUAAAAGCCAUGGAAGGAUCAGAAACAUAUAAAUACUCUUCUCAGAUGAGCGGUUUCCCUGACCGCAUGAUGUUGCCCACUGGCAAAACCGAGGGAAUGUUGUUCAAACUUUUUGUCCACAUCAGCCCCUAUGACGAAUCGAAGGUUAUAAAUGUUGACAUGCCUGUGAUUGGAGUAAAACAUUUUGAAUCUAAACCUUUAGGAUUCCCACUGGACAGACCCAUGCUCCAUUACGAUAAGACUGUCCCCAACAUGUAUUGGAAGGAUGUUACUAUUUUCCACAAGAAUGCUGAUGAAUCCAAUUUAACUGCUUAUAGUCGCAUUGUUGGCUUGUCUUCGAGGAUCACGAUGGGAGGAUUACUUGUGGCUACUCUGGCUACAUGCCUCUUCCUUCAAACAACAGCUUACACAGAACUAACCUUUACGGCUGACAAAACUUUUCUUCAAAAGCAAAAAAGUAUCUACGAACUUUUCUGGCACGUAAACCAACCUACUGUCUACCAUCCAGAACUUUACCAAAUUGCCAAGACAUGGAGUAUCACGGAUCAUAUAGACGAUUAUACAAACAAGGAUGUCGUAACCGUGUUCUUGAAACUCUGGAAAAAUGGUAUGUUACCUCGUGGAGAGUUAUUUCACCCUUGGUAUAUAGAUGUCCAUGAUGAGAUGGUAGCCCUUUUCGACUUGUUCUAUUUCGCAAAGGACUUUGAAACUUUCUACAAUACAGCAGUCUGGGCUAGAUUUAACAUUAAUGAGGAAAUGUACAAGUACGUUUUAGUAAUCGCGACAAUCCAUCGUCCUGACACCAAACACAUUCGUCUACCAAAUAUUUACGAAAUAUGUCCUCACUACUUCUUCAACGAAGACGUACUUUUCCGCGCCCAUCGCAUUAAAAUGGGAGAUUAUGGAGUAGCUAAAAAGACAGACACCGGCAUGGAAUCCUAUCUAUUGCUUGCAAACUAUACAGGAUGGUACCCAACUCAUAAUCACGAUUCAGAAUGGAAACUAAAUUACUUUACGGAAGACAUUGGCAUGAACUCUCUUUACUUUUACAUCCAAACAAUAUUCCCAUCUUGGCUAUCCAGCGAAAAGUACAAUUUGUUAAAAGACUUUCGUGGAGAGAUGUACUACUACACUCAUAAGCAAAUUAUGGCUCGUUAUUACAUGGAACGUUUGUCUCACGAUUUGGGUGAACUCGAAUAUAUAGACUGGAACAAGCCUAUUGUUACCGGAUACUAUCCAAGUAUGGUUCUUCCAACAGGACUCCCAUUAGCACAACGUCCAACAUGGUCAGAUAUACCUACUUACAAAUACGAAUACCUCCAGAGAAUCAACAGCAUUGAAUCCCGCAUUAGUAUGGCAAUUGACAGUGGAAGAGUCAUGCAGAAAGAAAAGCAUUUAAAUCUCUAUGAGAACGAGAUGCAGGAUUUGAACAUUUUGGGAAACAUGAUCCAAGGAAAUAUGGAUUCUCCUUUCCUUAGAUUUUACGAUUCCGUGGACAGACUUUCCAAAAAUAUACUUGGGUAUGGACACGAAAGAUCAACGAAAUAUCAAACACCACUUAGCGCUCUCGAUUUAAGCAUUACUAGCAUGAGAGAUCCUGGAUUUUACCGAAUAUACAAAAAGAUCCUCGACCAUUUUCACACGUACAAGACCAACCUACCAAUGUACACAUACGAUCAACUGGUCUUCUCCGGUGUCAAAAUAGAGUCUGUUGCUGUUGACAAACUGGUGACCUAUUUCGACUACUUUGACUCAAUGAUCAGCAACGCUGUAUCUGUCCACAGCCAUAAAGAGGCUCAAGACCUUUUCAUCAAGGCUCGUCAACAUCGUCUCAACCACAAACCCUACACCUACCACAUGACCGUAAACAGCGACAAGCCAACAAAAGGUUGGAUGCAUGUUUUCAUCGGUCCUAAAUAUGAUGUCCAUGGACAUGAGAUUGAUAUGGUGGACAACUGGAUGAACUUCUUCGAACUGGACAAUUGGGUUGUUGACCUGAAAUCCGGCACAAACAAAAUCGAACGCAGUAGUCACGAAUCAUUGUUCGUUUCUCGUGAUGAAAUGCCAAGCACCGAAUUCUACAAUAUGAUCUUGAAGUCCAUGGAAGGAUCAGAAACAUAUAAGUACUCUUCUCAGUUGCACGGUUUCCCUGACCGUAUGAUGUUGCCAAGAGGUAAACCCGAAGGAAUGGUUUUCAAACUCUUCUUUUACAUCAGCCCUUACGAUGAAGCCAAGAGCAUAAAGGUUGACCUUCCAGUAUUUGGAACAAAAUUAGUAGAAGUUAAGCCCUUCGGAUUCCCUCUGGACAGACCAAUGUACUAUUACGAUAAGACUGUUCCCAACAUGUAUUGGAAGGAUGUUACCAUUUUCCAUAAGAAUGCUGAAGAUUUAAAUGUAACAGUUUAGACCACGAAAUAAAUACUAUAUUUCCUUAUAAUGCCUUG